AUGACAACCCACUUUCUCGCAUCGGAGCUCGCCAACCUCAUCCAAGAGAGCAAGCGCAAGCACAAUGAUCUUCGACAGGCUGCCGAGAAAUCGCUAGAAGAGCUCAAGCAGCUGGGAGAUGUACCCGAGCAAACGGCUCGAGAGCUGCUUUCGCAAAAGUCAAGCUUCGUCAACCCAUUCAUCAUUGCCUGCGGCACAAAGAAUGCCAAAUUCACCGGCAUUGCCAUCGUCUGCCUGCAACGCCUCAUUGUCUCGCACGCCUUGCCGAACACCAAGCUGAGCCAGGUCCUCGAGGCACUAAUUCAAGCAUCGUCCUCGGGUCUCGACGUCCAGCUCAAGAUUCUUCAGGCACUACCUUCUCUGCUGCAAAAUUAUGCCUCCGAGCUCAAGGGCGAUCUGCUGGUGACGACGCUGAACAUUUGCUUCAUUCUGCAGGGCAGCAAAAACGCCAUCGUCAGCAACACCUCGGCCGCCACAUUGCAGCAACUUGUCGUGUCCGUCUUCGACAAGGUUGUGACGGAGGACAAAAAUGAACCUGACGCACCGGUCGCCGGGGAGGCAUCUACCGCUGAUGGCCAGAUCAGUGUGAAGGCAGCGGCAUUGGAUGCCUAUAGGAUUUUUAUCGAUCUGUGCCUGAUGACCGAGGGCCAACGACCCGAAUUCCUGCGACCCUCCGGUCUGCCGCAGACCUUCGGUUUGGAGCUUAUCGAGUCGGUCAUAACCUCGCACGCUGCCGUCUUCACAAACCAUCCAGAGCAGGCACAAAUACUCCGCACCCGGGUCAUGCCGCUUAUCGUCAGUGCGCUCAAGGGUAAGCCUAACUUCGCCACCACAGUCCGCCUCGUUCGCAUCCUCUACACGAUGCUCCGGAGACACAUGGAUAUCCUGCCAUCCGAGUGUGGAGACUCGCUUGAAAUCUUGACGCAACUGCUCGACCAAGGCGGUACCCUCUGGAAGCGCGCGCUCUGUAUGGAGGUUUUCCGGGGCAUCUUUGCCGAGCACGCCUUGGUGCGGCGCAUAUUUGCCCUCUACGACGCCACCGAUGGUGAACGAAAUAUUCUCAUGAACCUGACGGCUACUUUUGUUCGUUUGAGCACCGAGAAGCCGGCGUCCAUUGGCCUCGGCCACCAGUCGACCAUGGCCGCGACUGACCCGUCUGGCACGAAUAUGCAGUCCGAUCAAGCCAUGCUCGAAGCCAGCGGCAUGACGGGCAUAAUCGGCGCUACUGGGGGCCCCGAGGCCUCCACCACGGGCAUCAGCGUCCAAUGGAGUUCAGUUCGUGUCCCAUGCAUCGAUCAGCUCGACAAAACGGAACCGCCGUCCGUUCCGGAGUCGUACAUUCAUAGCCUGAUUCUCACCUGCAUCUCAUCGUUAUCGGACGGACUAGCCAAGUUCAUCCUCCCUCUCACAGUGCACGGGGACAGGGGCCGCCGAAAGGUGUCGCCGAUGGACCCGAGGAACGACUCUCCCGCAGAUAGCCCGACGCGGAAGGCCUUCCUGGAUAGGACGUCAUCGCUGAAAAAGAAUGCGGUACCGAUCAAUCCACUGGACCUGAAGGAUCACCCGCUGUAUCCAGAGGUCAAGAUCUGUGCCUUGAUCAUCGAAGAAUGCUGGCCCGCCGUUCUGGCCACCUGCUCCACCUUUCUGUAUGCCGCUCUCGACCAGGAGUACUACCAUGGACUUGUGAGAGCAUUCCAGAGGUUUGCCCAUGUUGCCGGCUUGCUUCACCUUUCAACUCCCCGAGAUGCCUUUUUGACAACUCUUGGCAAGUCUGCGGUGCCACCUAAUGUACUCACUGCAUCGUACAACUCUGGUCAGCCGAGGCCAUCGACGCCCAACUCGCAGGCUGAGACGCCGAAUACGCUCUUCAGCAAUGCUCGUGGCCUCCUCAACGUGGAAGCCCUCACAAUCUCGUCUCCUCUGGGGGAGAAAUCGCGGCAGAACUCGGUCGAUACGACUCCUGCCUCCCUAAACACACGCAACAUGCUGUGCCUCCGAGCCCUCUUGAAUUUGGGCAUCGCCUUGGGGCCGACACUGAAUACUGCUUGGAGCAUCAUCAUCGAAACGCUGCAACAGGCCGAUUAUGUCUUGUUCUCGACGGGAAAGGGUCCCGGACGCGCAAUGUCGAUGAGCCGCCCCAUCGACCAAGGCGAGGAUGACGCCAACUCUCUCAUGUCAAACUUCAACAACGAAGUCCGCUCAGUGGAAACGGCAGCCAAAAGGCUUAUGGAGAGCACCUUUGACUUUCCCAAUAAUGCGUUUGCAGAGGUCAUCGAGGCCAUAUGCGGCUUGCUAAGCCAGCAGCUGCCGACGGAGAGGUUUGAAGCCGGCGAUAGGACUCAGCCGUCUUCUCCAGUCGACAAGGCCCGUCGGCCAUCCUUUGUUCAGCAUCGCCGCGUCUUGAGCUUUUCAAGCCAAGCCACGGGAUCUUCAACUCAGGAGUAUUUAUUCGCGCUCGCCAAGCUGGGUGAUAUCGCGACGAUCAAUAUCGAAAGGUUCCUGACCAGCGACCCCGAAGCCUCUGGCUGGGAUCAACUGACCGAGGAGCUCAUCAACGCGCUAGACUCGCCAACCAUGACUCCUCCCGUCAGAGUCAAGGCGGCAGAGACCCUGUCACGGCUGAUGCUGGAGACUGCCAACGCCGCUAGCUCGAUGCCUGAACAGGCUCGGGCUCCGAUUCAGCUACGACUGCUGGGCGCUCUGCAACAAGCUCUCGGCCUCCUUCAGAAGCAUUCCCGAGGUGCAUCGGUGGCCAACGGCGCCGCCGACGUGGAUGUUCACAGGAUUAUUUUAGAGGGUCUGAAGAGCAUCAUAGAGGGUUGCGGCGAGAGUCUCGUCAACGGUUGGGACAUUGCCUUUGAGAUCAUUGGAAGCGUCUUCAACUCGUCGCAGCCCAUCCCCGAGGAGAAACGGGGGGCGUCCGGUAACUCUGGACUGCUGACCACCCGGGCAAGCAAGCUGGUGCGAUCGUCCUUCAGCUCGCUGCAGCUAAUCUGCACUGACUUCCUGGCAUCUCUUCCAAACUCUUGUUUCCUUAUCCUGGUGGAUACUCUGUACAAGUUUUGCUCGCAGGGCGACGACCUGAACAUUGCCUUGACGACGGUCACAUUCUACUGGGUUUUGUCCGACUUUUUAUCGGCCAAGAAGGAGGAAUCGCUUGACAUCACUGCGGAUCUGAUGGGAGGCUCAGACAUUUCCGCGCUGGAGAAACGAGCGGCUGAUCGCAGUCAAAAGGGGUCAGAUGCGGCGUUGUGGAUGCUGCUGCUCUUGCGAUUAUCAACCGUCACCACUGAUGAGAGACUCGAGCUCCGCAACAGCGCAAUCCAGACGCUGAUCCGAAUAUUUGACGCCUACGGCGAUCGCCUCAGCCCGGAAGCGUGGUCCAUCUGCGUCAAGUCGGUCAUGUUCAAGCUGCUGUCGUCCCUCGAGGGGGAGCUCGACGCUGCAGAAGCCGACAAGGUGGAGAAUGGCAGCCGUACGGGAUGGCAUGACACCGCCGUCGUCAUCCUCAGCGGCAUUUCCAAGCUGUUGGCAAACUAUCUGUACAAACUCACAGCCGACACGUCCUUCAACCAGCUCUGGCGUGAGCUGCUCGGCCACUUUGCCAGGCUGCUUGACUUUGAGGUUCUCGACAUCAACACGGCAACAUUCAAGGCAUUGAGCCACGUGCUGUCGCAGACUGGUGACGACGAGAAGACACCGUUUGGUGAGAAGACGGUCGAGUUUGCUUGGGAGCUGUGGUCUCGCGGCAUCCCGACUUCGAAGAACAGAGGGGGCAAGGAAGAAGACAAUCAGAAGUGUCUGAUGGCGUAUGUCGCCACGCUUUGCGAAAUCUACAAGCUGAUUCAGAUCAGAUUAACCGUGGAGACGGUCGAGCGAAUUAUGUGCCUUUUGCGCGAAACCGUCGAGGAGGCAUCGGUGAGCAGCUAUGCUCUGGACAUUGAGAACGCAACGCCCCUCCAAAUCCAGACGCUGGCGGCGGUGCAGAUGAUUCGAACGGAUGUCAAUGGCGUUCCUUCGACCAUGAUCCAGCAGGUCUCCACCUUGGUCACCCUGCCGUACGAUCGGGUUCCGUCGAACGAACCCGGCGGCGCGAAGCGAACGUACGUUGCCAUUUCGAAGGCGAGCAUGAAAAUCCUGCAGACGCUCAUUCUUCAGCAUGCCUCCGACAAGGGCAUCUACACGAGCGGCGCGCUUGCAACAGGGCUGUCUGCGUUACAGAAAGCCAUUGGCCUCAAAUACCAAUUCCCCGUCAUCACCAAGUCGGUUCAGCCAUGGCAGCUGGCGACCACCUCGGCUCUGAACAUUUUGGAUGCCACACUCGGCCAGCUCAGCUCCCUCGGUGUUCCCUCGAAGGCGGCCAAGGCCAUCUGGGCCAUCACCGUCUCGGUGGCCGACGGCAUCCUGAGUGCCGAUACGGACACGGCGGCGGACAAGAGCAACUUUGCCGACGAUGAAGCGUUUGACAUUGAGUCCUUUCGCACGCUCCGCAAGAUGCUCAUUCCGCGACUCGGCGGCGAGGCUAUCGCGGAGAAGACGAGGGAGGCGUACGCAAGAAGCUUGUUCAAGAUUUCCAUCAUCCACAGCCUCACGCCUGACGAGGAGGCCAUCGCCGACAAGGGCGGCGACGCGGGGUUGCCAUUGCUCUACGCCGCGCGCCUCGGCCGAACGGUGGCCGUGCCGGCAGUGCGACGCACCCAAAUGGCGUACGUCGCCUUUGGCGAGCUGUUUUCUCUUGCCUCCACGCAUUCGUCGACGUCGGGAUCGGAAGAGAGCAAGGAUGAAAAGCCGGCGGUGAAGUCGGACGCACGGAUUCGAAUCGCGAGCACGGCCACGCCAUUCCUCCUGUUGCGGUGCGCCCUGACGAUGCGUGCCUACGUGGCGGAUCAGCCAUUGCGAGGGGAAAUGCCGCAGCCCUUGAGCCAGCGGCGGGAGCUGAUCUGGUUGCUAGGGAAGCUGGUCGAGCUCGAAAGUGAGGGAGAGGCGAGCGAAGGGGUCAAGGAGGAGAGCAGGAAGUAUCUGUUGAAGCUCUAUCCCCUGAUGGUGAAGGCGUUAAGCGUAAACGGCGACGGCAAGGUCUUGGAACUUUUGAGGGACGGGUUGGAGAUGUUGGGCCGGGAAGUAGGGGUUAUUUCAGUUGUGGGUACCAAGUCCUUGACAACCGUGGGGCUAUUAGUGGCAGCAACAUUUUUGAGCUUUCCCAUCAUCAAAAUCAACACUCGGGCGAUCGAACGCAGCGACGACAGCAUGGGCAAAUCCUCCAAGGACAAGCGUGACGCCUACUACCGGCUGGCCAAGGAACAAGGCUGGCGUGCUCGAAGCGCUUUCAAGCUCCUUCAGCUGGAUGAAGAGUUUGACCUCUUCGCCAACGUCUCUCGCGUGGUCGAUCUUUGCGCCGCUCCAGGGAGCUGGUCCCAGGUGCUCUCGCGCGUGCUCAUCCAAGGCGAAACGUUUGGCCAUACGGCAUGGCAGGACCGUGAGGCCAAGAUCCGGCGGCAGAUGCUCGACGUGUUCCCCGGAGCCGUGUCGGACCGGCAGAGAGCGGAGGUGGAAGGCGAGAUGCGGCAGCAGCAGGUCGAGUCGCAGCCGCGCGGGGAUGUCAAGAUUGUGGCCAUCGACCUGCAGCCCAUCUCACCCCUCGCCGGCAUCACGACGCUGCGGGCGGACAUUACGCACCCGGCAACGGUGCCGCUGCUGCUCAAGGCGUUGGAUCCCGAAUACGACGAGAGCAGGGCCUCGCAGAUGGCGUCACACCCCGUCGACCUCGUGCUAAGCGACGGCGCACCGGACGUGACGGGCCUUCACGACCUGGACAUAUACGUGCAGUCGCAGCUGCUCUUUGCCGCUCUCAACCUCGCGCUGUGCGUGCUCAAGCCGGGGGGCAAGUUUGUGGCCAAGAUAUUCCGCGGACGCAACGUGGACGUUCUCUACGCCCAACUCAAGAUCUUCUUUGAAAAGGUGAUGGUGGCGAAGCCUCGGAGCAGUAGGGCGAGCAGCGUCGAGGCCUUUAUCGUGUGCCUCAACUUUUGUCCGCCGGCCGGAUUCAGCGCCAGCCUAGAAGAACCGCUGGGCGUGGGGCGGCGGCUGGAACGAAUGGCCACGGAGAGGGAGAGGCAGCUCCCGACGGUGGCCGAGGUGGCGAUGCAGAAUACGACUACGGGCACGUGGGAGCCGGCGCCCGUCUCGGCUCCCGGCGUCGGCGGCAACGGCAUCGUCGAGAUGGAAGUAUACGACGAGACAGGCACGGAGAAGGAACGGGCAAAGGAGAGCAGCGGGGAGAGCACAAGGUGGAUUGCGCCGUUCAUUGCUUGCGGCGAUCUAUCGGCCUUUGACUCGGACGCCUCCUACCAACUUCCCGAAGACUACGUCUCGCUCGAUCCCGUGCAGCCGCCGAUCGCGCCGCCGUACAAGCGGGCGGUCGAGAUGCGAGCGGCGCAAUCCAGGGCAGCGAGGUAA